AUGGGCGGUAAGCGCAGAGGCGGUGGUGGGGGUGGACCGCCUGAACGCGUACGGACACAUUUGUUAUUUUCGAGGGAACACACGCAAAGCACCCAAAAGAGGAAACGAAGACCCCAUAACAAAUUGCAACACACAAAUGUCCACAAAAAAGACGAAAUGGUGCAAGCGGGAGCGGGUUUAUUAGAUCCAACCGAGUGGACCGGCAAUCAACGAGUUCUACACUAUGGACCAAUGGCACAAAGGGAUCCAUAUUUCUACUAUUAUCCAAAAGGAUGGGAUAUUUUAUAUCCAGCCACUUUUGGAUUUUUCCCCUAUCGGACAACUCGAUUUCGAGGUUCUCAUUCCACGGUUUGUGUUGGCGCAUUUGGUGUUUUUUUAUUGUUCGGUGGAGCUUUUAUGGUAUUUCUUGGUUAUUUCUGGGUCUACACUUCUCCAUUUUGGACCUGGGACGCUGAUAAACGAAAAACCCCACCACCAAUACAGGCAAAGCCAUCAAAAUUGACGACAAUCACUACCAUUUAUCGGGAUCCCGAGCCCUAUUUCGAGAAAGAUCCCUAUCAACCACUUCCACCGCCCGCCUAUCCGGUUUUAGCCAAUAAAUAUGCUCACUCGAACGUUGUUAAACCACAUGAUGAAUUGAAACUCUAUCCACCAGUUAUUCCCGGUUGUUCGACUCUCUCUUUGCAUGGCCGGAGUCCUUCACAUUUACUCGUAGGAAGCCCAUACAAUACUUUACGAGUGUACGGUACUCAGAGUCAAAGAUAUCAAGCCGGCAAUGGUGCCGAAACUACUUCUGAACGUCGUCGUGUGGGAAGCAUAGUCACGAAUAAAAAGACGAAUAGUGAACAAAAACGAUCAAAAAGUGCGGGUCCGUUACCUCGAAGUGGUUCGAAUCGCUCUACAAGAUCACAACGACCACGUGAACGGGAAAAUAGUCAAAUU